UUAUUUAUUCUCUGCGUGAAUAAAGACAGAUUCUGGAACCGCUGCUGCUCAUCCUGGCUGUUGGAUACGGGGCUGUGAAUCUUAUAACACAAUGGCUUCUAAUGGAGAAACAUCACUGGGAUGGAGACUCUUUGGAUAUGUAAAGAACAUUAUUCCCGGGCUUUCAGCCGCUGCUGUGUCCCAACCAGAAGAUCCAGCAUAUAUUUAUCAGAGCAAAGUACAAUAUUCAGAUCCAGCAUAUAUUUAUCAGAGCAAAGUACAAUAUUCAGAUGAUGCCUACUUCAUAUGUGGAAGGAAAGCGUACAAGUGGCUUACUCCGAGCUCUGAAAGGUUGUGUUAUAUUGGCAGAGUACUACCAGAGGUUAUGACCACUGCACACAACAAAAUGAAAGAUAUUCACUGCAACGCUCAGACUCCUUAUACUCAUACAAAUUAUGAACACAUUGUCAAGAGACACCUCAUAGAUAGGACAGAGGUCGCAGCCUCUGAUUUGAUCAAUGAAUCUACUGGGAUUUAAAUUCUUCUCGCAUAUUCUCCUCCUAUUCUCAUUUUACUACCAGUUUACACCCCAUCCACACUAUGACCAGGCUGGCAAACCCCAUUACUCAUUGUCUUUCUAAUCCUUUAUUCUGUCCCCUGUUACCACCUCUAUCCCUCUCUCCCAGUCUCUUACAUCUCAUCCUCUCUCCUCUCCUCUGUCUGCCUCCCUACCCCUCUUCUGUUUCCCCAUUGCAAUUCACUUCUGCCCCUUCACACCAUUUAUACCACACCACUCAACCCUGCUCUCUCCCUCCUCUGCCUGUCUCCUCACCUCUCCUCCACCAGUAUCAAACUGCACUCCCUCCCUGUCUCACUCAUGCAGUCUCCCUUCCUAGCCAAGGCCCCAGCACCAUCAUCACACCCUCUUUAUCCUUUCCUUCCAAAUUACUCCUACCUCAACGCUACAGUAAUCCUGAUAAUCUCAUUCACAUCUCUCCCACAAACUCAUACCCCCUAUCCUGUGCACUCUGGAAUGCCAGAUCUAUUUGCAACAAACUGGCCCCCACUCAUGACCUUUUCAUUUCCAACUCCCUGCACCUCCUGGCCAUUACAGAAACCUGGAUUACUCCCUAUGACACCACUUCUCCUGCUGCUCUCUCUGCUGGGGGCCUCACAUUCUCACACACACCCCGACCCGGGGGUCGCCAUGGGGGUGGUGUUGGUAUCCUUUUACCCUCAAGCUACACAUACCAACUUAUACCUCCAGAACCUUCUCUUACAUUCUCUACAUUUGAGGUCCAUGCAAUACGCCUCUACCAACCUACUAAUCUUCGAGUUGCUGUCGUUUACCGUCCACCUGGCAUUUCCUCCAAAUUCCUCGACAUCUUUGCUUCCUGGCUACCUCACUUCCUCUCUUCUGACAUUCCCUCCAUUAUUCUAGGUGAUUUCAACAUCCCUAUCGAUAACCCCACAAAAUCACCUGCCUCUAAACUCCUUAACCUCACCUCUUCACUUGGUCUCUCCCAGUGGACCACCUCACCCUCCCAUGUGAACGGGAGCUCACUGGAUCUGGUUUUCACUCACCGCUGUGACAUUUCUGAUUUCUCCAAUUCCCCUUUUCCCUCUCUGACCACCACUUGCUCUCUUUCAACUUAUCUAUCUCUGCUUCCCCAUCUUUCCCUCCUAAGGCUACCACCACGAAGCGUAACAUUGAGGCUAUUGACACCUCAUCCCUAUCCUCCCUGUUUGACUCCCUUCUCUCUUCUCUUCUCUCUCUCUCACAUGCCCUGAACAAGCCACAUCCCUAUACAAUGCAUCUCUUACUUCUGCCCUUGACUCUGUUGCUCCGCCAACCACUAUUCACCCUCGCAAAUCAACACCUCA